GUUGUUUAUUUCAAAUAUGGCCACUGUGCACCGUCGUCAUCAGCUUCCAUAUUGAUUUUGGUUGAGUUAGGAAAUAAUGAAGAACAUACCAGGGUCAUUUACCUUAACAUAACAUUUCAAAAUGCCUAGGAGAAGAAAUCAAAGUCCAGAUGCCCCAUCCUCAGGGAAAGAUUCGACAGAGAAAGUACCGAAAGAUAACGACGUUCAGCUGAGAUGGCGAGAGAACACGCUUUUCGAACUGCAGAAUAUGUUUUCCGGUUCAAUAGAUCCUGGAGUUGUUCAGCUGGUACUUUCAGAGAGUGAUUAUAAUGGUUGGUAUUUGUUUGUGCCGUUAAUAUUUUACAACCACGUAAACUUACAGAGUGAUUUCGCUUUCUAACGUUUCGUUCAGCGAGCAAGGCUCGGAUAUCGUAGUUGGCAAUAAUACUUGUCUAUUAUUCGAUCCAGUCCGUUUCAAUCGACAAUUCCAGUUCUAUUUCAUCUUUUGGGAAAUUUUCUGAAUGCAAAAUUACAGGAUGAAUGGAAAGAGAGAUUUUCACUGCAGAAUUUUGUCGAGAAGGGUGUGAGGGGUUCUUGAUACAAGGAAACGUGACGCUCAGGUACAGCUUUUCAGGGGCUUUGCCCUGCAGGAAAGCGAGGAGAGUCGCUUAUCUUGAAGGGAAAUCGAAUUGCCUUGAUGAUAGGACAGGAUCUUUUAAAAGCUCUUUAGUAUAAAAUCGCAACAAUCAUGUAGGUAAGCACAUCUAGUUUGAGUUAAAAUUAAAUACUGUUUUUGUAGUAAAUGAUGCUGUGGAGAAGCUUUUUGUCCUAAGUGGAAUAGAGCAAGGACAGACAGAAAGCCAAGCAAUUCCAGACAGUCGCCCUUCUAAAUCAUCAUUGGAAAAUCAGAAACCUAAUUAUCAACAUGGUAUAUCAAAUGCUGGUCGGGUAGCCCAUAAAGUUGACUCCCAGUUUAAUGGAAUUCAGGCUGGAGCUUCUUCUGACAAUUCCAGUUCGUCAGUUAUUAAAAGCAGUUUUACACAGACAUCAAAAGGAAAAAUAGCACUUUUAUCACAAUAUAGCACAAGUGAUGGUCAUCAUCAAGGAGAAGUUUCAAGGUCUUUGCCACAUUAUAAGCCAACAUCAGGUGUGUCAUAUGGUGCAGAUAGAACAGUGUCACCUGAAGGAGUGUUGCUUCAUGUAGGGACUGACAAUACAAGCUCUGUUACAUCAUCAGGCUUACCAGAUUUUCCUGAUUAUGUUGCCCUGCAAUUUAACACUUUAACAAACCAGGCAAAUACUCCCUAUGCUGAGCUGUUGUCUUCUCAAAAACCUACAAUUCACCAAAGAGAUAUGCAAAGUGAAGAUUUAGAACCACCGGCUGGUCCUGACCAUUAUGAACAUAGUAAACCAAAAACUAUUAACCUACCUAUCCAUGAUCAGGAACUUAAAGGAAACUUAGAGUCAUAUAGCAAACAAGUAAUAUCUGGAAGCAGUAGCACAGAGCAAACAAAAAAAAUACCUCUGGGUUGCAGUGAAAAGAAACCAUUAGAUUUUGAAUUCAGCAAAAAAGAACAACAGGUUGAAAGCUCAUCUGCAACAGAUAGAAGUGACAACACCAAUCCUCGAGUGUCAUGCAAUGAAGGUCAGAGGACUUCAAAUGAUCCCAACUGUAACUAUAACUAUUUAAAUUUCUAUCAAAACACCUCAAAGACAUCUCUGAAGCAUAAUGAUGAUACACCUCAGUUGCAACACAGAACAAAUACUGUCCAACAACUACAACUUCAUCACAAUGAAAACAGUAAGUCAAAAGAAACAAUGUCUCAACCACCAGCCAUUCAAAGACAAAUUUACCCAUAUCUACGACCUCAAGGGUUCAGUCAAACAUCAAAUGUCUCUCAACAAAGAUUUCCCAUUAUGCCAGUAGUACCAGCUGUAUGGCAUCCAGGCCUACUGACUCAAAGAUUUCCAGGACAUGUUCCAACCCAAUACCUUCAAGGGCCACUCUCAACAAAUCCUUGCUUUUCAUUUGGAGGUUUGUUAUAUCUGAUAGAAACAAGCUCUUACAUGGUAGUUGUCAGUUUUAUGAAGAAAAUUAGUUCCUAUGACAUAAUUAUUAUUUUAUAUUAUGUAUGGUCCUUGUACAUUAUUGAAUUCCAUUUUAAGGCUAAAAUAUGGAAAUCAUUCAAAGCCUUCAAUCUGAAACUUGCAAAUCAAGGGACAGUCAAACAGUUGUGAUAUGUGGGGUCAUGCCACAUGAUGUGAGCUUUCUUCUCUAGCAGAAGUGUUGUUUGAACAUACAUAAAAAAUUGGUUGGAUGUUUUGUUUUAUGUCCAAAUGGCUGAUUUGUUGAAGGGUGAAUUACAAGUUGACAUUUCUUUUGGUUAGUGUUGGUGGCUAUAUCAUGUUCAAUAUGUUUGGAGUGAUCGUACUUUUUUCUGAAAUGAUUUUGAUCUUCACCUCUGGUGUAUAAUGUGAGAUCACAGAAAGAAGCAAAUUCAUUUUCAAGUUUUGGAAAUUCUUCUAAACACUGAGGUACUUAAAUCAACCUGUUCAUUUUUUUCAGCACCCUGCAUGGCUGCUGUAACAAGACCAGUCAGACAUGGGUGUGGUGUAAGGGGCUCAAUGUCACCACCAACUAAGCAGAAAGUGCUCAUCCUUAUGAGAGGAUUACCAGGAAGCGGAAAGACCUUCCUUGCACAGUUAGUAUUGAAAAUAAAAACCCCAAAGAGUUCCUUGAGGCCAUCCUUGUAAAACUUAUUUUGUGAUUUUAAAAUAUAUUCUUAGAAUUAAACAAGUAUAUUUACUUGUAUCAGGAAUAUUUAUACAUGUAAGCAUAAAGAGAUGAUAAAGGAUACAUUUGCCAUGAUUACAAAAUCUUAUGAAGUUUGUUUUUCUUGCAGAAAGCUCAAAGGCCGUGAUGGUGUUGUGCUCUCAACAGAUGACUACUUUUAUAGAAAUCAGCGGUAGUUAACUUGACAAGCUACUGAAACAUUAGGAAAACAAUUGAAAAAUAAUCUUUAGACAGUGUAACUCACUUUAAUCUUGCACUGCCUCUCUUUCUCCAGAAAUAAAGCUAAGAGUCCAAAAGAUGACUUGGUUUGUUUCAUGAGAUGAGUUUUUUAGUUGUCAUGGUUCACGUUAGUGGGAAGCAAACAUACAUAUAAAUGAACAUGAAUGGCAAAAAAAUUUGACACAUGUUUGGAACAUUGUAGACUGCUUUUAUUAUUUCAUAAUACUUUUCCUCACCCCAGUUGAUACUGAGUUUAAAAAAAGACAGAUAUGGUAACUGGCUUACUAAGGUGUGAGAGAUGAUAAUGGCUUUCAUGGAAAGAAAAUAAUGAGCCACAUGAUAACAUUACAACAAUCACUCUAUAUUAUUGUUGUUAGGUGCCACUGUUCUUUUAACAGAAAAAAUGAGCAUGUUUCAUGAUAUUUUUGAUUAAUACAAGUGGUACUUAGAACUUUGAUUGAUUUAUUUCCACUUUAUUAUGGUCUCAUAGUUCAAGUGGGAGGGUUUUUAUUUCUAACCCUUACACUUGUCCCUUUUUAGAUAUAAAUUUGAUGCUAGCUCCCUUGGAGAGGCACAUGAGUGGAAUCAAUCCAGAGGUAUUUCCCACAAAAAUAUUUUUUGAUGAAAUAGAAAAUGAUUGUACUGCAUCUGUUUAGUAAACCCUGCUCCCACUUUUGCAGUAUCAAUAUAUUGUGUGUCAUGCAAACCCCUCAUGACUCAAAGUAAUUCAAACUUCUUUUUCUUGCUGUGUAUGGAAGCAUAGUACUUCUGUUGGGGCUAUCAAAAUUUCACCACACAGUUGUUACCUCAAGGCAAAGACAACUUUAUGAACUUCUACAUUUGGAUAUGCAUGGAAAAUCAAAGAUGAAGCUGUUAAUUGGACCAUUGAACUUGUGAAAUAGUUUUUCGAGCAGUAAAUGUGAAGAUCAGACAUGGUUUGAUGCUACUCUAAUCAACAUUACCACCAGCACCCACAUUCCUCUAAAUAGUGAUCAUGGUGGCUUACUAUCUGAUUUACAUCCCUUCAGAAAAAAAAUGCAGCAAACUAGUGAGAAUAUAAAAGGACCUCUUGUUGCACCAAUUAGAUCACCCCUGAUGAAAGCACUUGACAGGAGUGUCGAAACGUUGGGUCUAUGAAUUGUAACUUCUCAGUUACAUUGAUUAGAUUUCUUAACCCAGCAGAGUAGCAUCAAACCAUGUCUGAUUGUCCACUUGGUUGCCUUGUGAACUUUAAGUGUGAAGAUCUCAACAUUAAUAACAAUAGGUAAUUUCGAGCGUUAGCCCUUCGUCAGAGCAAUCAAAUUACUCUAACGAAGGGCUUAGGCUAGAACCGUCGGCUUUUAAACUCUUUACGGUGGUCUAUAUACGUUUUCAACUCAGCUGUUACCACUAAAUUACCUGCUAUACUCUCCCACUGACGCAGCACCACAGUUUCUUUAGAAACUUACCCCCUUUAUUAAUAAUAAUAACUUUCUUCCUGCAGCUAAAACUGCUAUGGAGUCACAACAAUCCCCACUGAUCAUUGACAACACCAAUACACAGUCGUGGGAGAUGAAACCUUAUAUUUCUAUGGUAGGUAUUGUCUUGUUCUGUUUGUAGACCCUGUCAUGGCAUCUAUGCCUAAAGAUGUUGUAAUAAGUAUUUAAAAGUUCAAUACUUUGAUUUCCAGGUUUAAAAUUUGAUUUAUUCUCUCUUGACUCUCUCGUAGGCAGUUAAGUAUGGCUACCACAUCAAAAUUGUUGAACCUAACACUCCAUGGAAAUGGGAUGUGAAAGAACUGGUCAGGUGGGUGGAAAUAUCAUCGCUUUUCUGGUUUGUUAACAUUGUACUUUUAGUUUAGUUGAGGACUGCAUACUGCUAUCUCACAGUAACUCUCUCCAGGCUCUUUCCUUCAAGGGCCAGAAAUUGGACCAACCUUACGAAAUAUUGGCUGAGUAGAAAUGGUGUCCAGUCAGUGUAAAAAGACUGAAUUACUUUUACAAAGUUCACUUCUACAAUAUCCGGCAGCUGUUUGAUAAGGUCUGCUCCUGUAAAAAAAAAAUGAUUAUACUCUAAUUUUUUCCCUUAAGACGGAACCAACAUGGAGUGACUUAUGCGGCGAUUACAAGAAUGAAAGAACGUUAUGAACAUAACCUCUCUGUGGAAACCUUAAAGAAAUCUGAGAGACAUACUGACGCAAGGAAGACUGAGGACGAACUUGAGACUAAAAAGGUAAUUGAUAUAAAAAGCUACAGCGGUGGCCCCAGGGCACAAACUUCCUCUAUACAAACAGGUUCUGCUGACUUGAUUACGAGUCCAACGAAGGGCUGUAGAGUCUCCUCAGGUAAAAGAACUGCUUCAAAACAGGAAGAGAGCGGAAAUAUAAGCUCUCCCAAGGUCACAGAAUGCGCAAACACAUCCUCAGUAGGUGAUGGGAUUCAUGGGCAUACGGGGUUAAGCACGAGAGGGUUCGAUCGGCCUGAGGAAACUGAUUGCAAAUCAAAAACUGGAGGGAGUAAAAAAAGUGAAUGUAAUUCUAAAAUUCGUGGGAUUGAUAACAGUGAAUUUGGAGAAGGAGCACAUGCUUUAAUUUCAAGUUUUAGUCCUAAGCCACAACGAGCCCCAAGGAUGAGAAUUAAGAGGUCGCCAAAUACUCAACAGUCUGUCACCGCAAAGUUGUCGUCACUUGAUUAUAAAGGUGACAAAAGCGAUAAACUCCGUGGGACCUUUACGUCACAUGAAAAUCACGAGAUAAUCCGCGAGAUUGAAAAGUCUAGAGAGGGGAUUUCACCCAAAAAACUCAGUGCGGUAUCAUGUGUUGAAAAGUUAUCAGCACUCGCAUCCUUGGCUUACACUCGAACGUCUCCUCCACCUGACCAUUUAGAUGGAACUCUUGAAAAAAGCCGGCCUGGCGUAGAAACGGUGGAAGAGUCACGGUCAUCACCCUCCCCUUUCUUAGACAGUUCGUUUAUUAGUCAAACUUCUCCUGAAGAAAAUGGGCAUCAUUUUCAGUGUGUUGACGAAGAACAAGAAAACGAUGAACGCGCUUGCGAGACGUGCACAGGAGAAGCUAGUAAGGAAGUGCAUAUUACAUCAAAGGUCAAUUGUGACGAAUAUCUUGAAAGUGGUAAGUCUCUGCCUCUCAAAAAUAUCCUUGACGGUGAUGCGAUUCUCAGAGGUGAAAAUGACGCGCAUAUUGGAGAACCCUCGGAGAGCAAAUAUUUCCCUACACCACCACCCCUGUCGGAAAUUCUGGCCUCGGCCUCGAGAACGAGGUCGAAAAGUCGUUCAAAAUCUACAAGCGAGCCACUGCAGCUUGUUACAGAUAACGCGAACUCGCUGCAGGAAAAUGGUAAUCAUCUGUAUUCUGAACCAAAUCUUACAGAAAAGGCGUUGGAACAUGAGGUUUGUGAUGGAAAUCGGGAUCCAAAAGACAGAACAUUCGAUGAAGAUGUUUCAACUAGUAAACAGAGCCAGUCUAACCUACCUUACUUGCCAAAUCCACUACAGCCGAGCUCAUCUGAGAACUCACAGAAUCAGCGGCAUGCUGGGCUGGAGUUUUUGAAAACAUGUUUCCCGGAUGUGGACUGUGAUUUAAUGAAUGCAAUUUUGACCGCGAAGGGUGGUGAUCUAACGAAAGUGGUUGACGAAUUACUCAUACGUUCUAAAGCUCCCUCGGCUGAGUUAUCGACAUUUCCAGCAGAUUCACUUUACUUUGCCUCGCAGCAAGAAAUCUUUGACUCUCCGAGCCGUGUGGUUCAGAAAUCUUCGAGUCCAACCGAAGAAACAGUAAAUGCCGCUAGUGCACCUCAAACACAAAUCAAUGUUGGCGGUGAAAACAACAAACUCCCUGGUGAACUGUCCUCACAAAUGUAUUCAGCACCAAAGGUAUCAUCUCAAGCCCAGUCUCCGCGUUCAAACACAACUUUUCAGCUGACCCUUGAGCCUGCAGUUGCCUUGCACCUGAUUGAGCUGUUUGGUCCGUUUGCUGGAGUUGACUUUCAAGGUCUGUGGCAAGACUACUUUUCAAUCUUAUUAUUAUUAUUUUUUAAUUUCUAUCCUUUAGGGAGAUAUCUCUUCGUUGUGUUUAGUAGAGUAGCAUCGUGUUGUAUCGAGGAAACAGUACAUUGGAAGACUUUGAAAGAAGUCUAAAGUGAGUAGUUGGAAAGGAGACUUAAAACACUUGACAUUUUUGUAAAUGAGUUGAAAAGAGACUCAAAGCUACCUUGAGCUGUUGAAUAGUUUGCUUCAGUAUUUUGCUUAGUUUUGAUUCUGUUCCUAUGUCUUCGUUACCGAUAUGGAAUCUGCAGUAUCGGUUACGAAUACUUUCACCCCAAAGAAAAGAGCUUAAUUCAGCUAUUGUAAAUGUAAAAGUAACUCUGAUUACAACUAAUUUGCUUCUGAUUUUUUAUUUCCAUUUGGCAGACAAUAUUAGUAGAGAAGAUUUAGUCAUAGCUGUAGACUGCUCGUUAGCAAGACAGCUGUACAAAAAGUGGGAGCAUACUAUUCAGGUAUGUACUGAAAUGCUGCCAAAUCGUUUUUGCCUUUCUUUAAUGUUUAAAGCCUUCGAGCUGAAUAUCAUCCAGAAAUUUGCUACUGUUAACGCCUAACAUGUGAGCACUAUGUAAGUUACACGUUCAGAAGCAAUUACUCAAAUACUGAGUAAAAACUGUUCAUUUUUCACUACAUCACAUUCACUCUCAUCACCGGUACUAGUCAUUUGAUAGCCAUUUGUAAACUGUGCAAAUGUGCUUUAUGUUUUUUAAGUAUCAAAGUUUUUGUCAUUUUAGACAAGAAAGGGGAUACCUGUUGCUGGCUUAGGUAAGAAGAACAAUUGUUAGUUUCAGCGUGUUUUUUCUACGAUAAAGAACGAGUCCUGCUGAACGUGACACAAUGAAAUAUGAUACUUAAGCGUUCGGAAGUUCACUUCUAAUGAUGAUCGAUUUUCUUUCAAUCACUUUUUUAUUGUAUUCAAAAGUAAAUUAUUUUAUGGACUCUUUAGGAUGUAAACAGAGGGCGAAAGGGAAACCAACCGUUAACAACCAGUUGGAUAGAGAUCAGAUCCCCGACAUUCAGCGGUCAACUCCUCGUUUCCCCACAGAACCUCAAGCAACAGGAACCUUGAGAGAGAUAAUGGAUGAACAACUGGCUGUGGAACUCAGCAGAAAUGUAGGUGUGCGUUUUAUGACCAAUUCAAAGUUAAAUUCAGUCGUUUCUGGUUCCCGCCAGCCUUGUAAUUAGUUGAUUUUUCUUGUGACUAAGCUGCCUAAUGUGACUGAGCAAGAUAUGGCAACGAAACUAAAGAAGCAGAAGCUUUUUGAAAUGUUCCCUGGCAUAGAUCCUGUAGCAUUGGAGGAAGUCUUUCAAGCAAAUGGGUAUGAUUUUUGUGCGCUUUUCAACCAACUUUCAGAAAUAGUCAGCUAUGUCAGGUUGAAUGAAGAAAUCUCUUUUAUUUUCACAGGUUUGAAUUGGCUCCAUCAGUAGAAGCUGUAAAAGCGUCUUGUAAUUUGUCUGGUCAAGACGCUCCUACCACCGUUAUUGCAUCAGGGUUUAGCGGCCAGUUUGUUGAUAAAAAAGCAACAAAAGAGGUACAACUUAUCAUUUGUUACAUGUAGUAUCCCGAUUACGAAUUGUCGCGACUUCUAUCUCGAUUUUCUUUUUGCCAGGAAAGGGCUGAAGACUGGAGCUGGUUAGACUUGGACGGUGAGGGAUUUCAAUCGAUUUUGGAGCUCAUUUGGUCGCUCUGAUAUGUUAUAGAUGUUGCUUUGAAUUUACUAUACAAACAAGCACCCUACUAGUAUAAAAUUCUGUGAACCAAUGUGCAAGACUUUUGAACGUAUCAAAUUUUAGUUGCGUCAGAAUUUCGCCUUUUUCACGUUUGUGCGGAUAUUUGUGUUUUCAGUGCCUUCUCGGCCAAACUCGGACGUAUCCUCCUUCCAGACUCUUGAGGAUCCAAGCUACCUGGAUUACCGCGCUGAAGCAUUUCAACAUUACAAUUUAAGGGAUGAGUGUUUUAAGAAAGCUGCACUGGCCUUCUCCAAGAAACAAGGGCAGCUGGCACAGUUUUAUGCCCAGCAGGUAUGUGCGGAUGCCGCCAAAAAAACCAAAACACAAAGAAAGCUAUAGUGUCACCACCAACUAAAAAUAACAAAUAAGAUUAUAUCUCCAUCAUAAAUUGAUAUGUUCAGUUGAUGCCUAUUUAGAACUUAAAUGAAUUUCGUGUUACUCUUUUGGCGGGGUCCUUAGCAGCCAUACGUUUUCCUUUGACUGGCGAAACAGCCUCCAAAAAACACCUUAAAAGACGCACGUGCUCUUCCCCUUCUACCACAGUUACACUUAGGAUAUCAUAAAAAACAUCGAACUCAAAGUUUGGUAGCAAUCAAAACUCAACAAACUGCCACAUUGUGAAAAAAAUCUGUUAGUUCCACGGCUAAGUAAAUAUUACUUAUAAUCAAUUUCUGGGUCUUUGAGAGGAAAACACGAUCGCCCAUAAACACGGCUAAUAUAAUUUUUUUUGCUUUUUUUCCUUCUCUCUAUCAUUACAGGGUCACUUGCACACCGAGAAAAUAAAAGAAGCCAAUGCACGUGCAGCGGCAUUAAUUCUGGAUCAAAAGUAAGAUAAACAUGUUAAACACACCGGCAUAUUUCUUAUAUUCACAUGCUACUGAGAAAUUUGGUGUUGUUUGCUCCUCCACUGUCAUAUUGGCAUCAUAGACAUUGGAAGGAUGUCAGCGCAGUGGAUCAGAGAAAAAAAAGAGAGCAAUUGUGCGCAAUCUUAGACGUGUCCUAGUUAGUAUAAUCAUAUCUGACAGGAAGCCCAUCCUUGUUUUUUUUUUAUUGUUCUUUAAAAAAAAUGACUUCUUUUGACUCUUUUUUGGGGAGCUAGGUUUGGAUGAAGAACAAAUAUUUUGGCAAGAUUCUCAGAAGGCAUAUUUGGUCGGCAUAUCACAUAAUGUAGUACAUUUUGCCUUUCUUUUUUACUUCAGGAAUGAGUUGACGGACGAUAACACCAUUGAUUUACAUGGUUUGCACGUUACAGAGGCCAUUGAAGCUCUUGAAAACAUGUUGAGCGAACGGAUUGGUACGUUUUCAAAGGAAAUGUGAAGUUGAUUCAGCCAAGAAAACUUACUAUGCCUCUUACAUUUAAUGACCUGGUCAUUUUGUUUAGGCACUGUUAUAGUGGUUGCCUUGACUCUGGUUAUAUAUCCGCCUAAAAGAAUAUAUUCUUAUAAUAUUCGAUAAUAUGAUCGUAUUUCAAGAAAGCCAGGUGGAAGUGCGGUUUGCUAUCGAAAUCUUCUGACGCACAAAAAAGCGUUAAAAUAGAUCAGCUGAUGAUAAUGUUCGUUUUUGUAGUUGUAUAGUGACUCAAGCUGUCUACCGAGAGACAAAGACAUUUUUGCCUUUUUCUUUAGACUCUUGUAGUAGUCUGGCCAGGAAAGGUUGCAAGUUCCUCAAUGUUGUAACAGGAAGAGGAAAUCACAGUCGCGGUGGUAAAGCCCGAAUAAAACCUGCCAUCAUUGAGUAUCUCAAAAAACACAACUACAGGUAGGAAGACUUGGUUUAUAAACCGUAGUUGUGCCUUGGUAGCUUGGUCUUCAAUUUUCUUCUGAACAAGACAUGCAAGGGAUGGGGUGGGAACUAAGUUGUUGUAAGAAUGUUUCCUUUUUUUCCCAAUAAGGUUCAAAACAGGAUGUGGGGGGACUGCUUUAAUGCUACAUAGAGCUUGAUUUAACCUUAACUGAUGUUUCUUUCUACCUUUAAAGGUUUACCGAACCACACCCUGGUCUUGUUAAAGUUUUCCUGUAGCUGCCAAGUUUUUUACCGAGCUGACACGACUGGACGUAACUAUACUUAAAAGCUUCAUGUAAGAACCUUGCAGGCAAGGGACUAAGUUCAGGUUAUCCUCUUUUAUUCGCUCGAGAAUUCUUUUCUUAGGAAUGAAAGAUAGAAGAUAGAAAAUGAAGAUGGAAUUUGUCAAUUUUAAAUAUCUGUAAUUUCAACAAUCACACAGAUACUUGGUCUAUGUGCAAUAUAUAAAAAAAGGCAAAAUAAUGUAGUGUUCGUGUGUAAUAAAUUAUAUUUUCAUGAGUCUCUCUUAUGAAUAAAAAGUAAGCGUUCUGAUUUGUGC